UAAACAAAUAGAACACUCAAUUGCAAAUUCUUUAGCUAAAAUCAAAAUACCAAAAAUUCUCAAAUCAUGAAAAAUCCAAAAAUUUGGUUGUAAAAUUCGGAUUUUGGAGUGUUCAAUCUAAUUAAAAUGUGUUUGUGAAUGAUGAAUUAUGCACAUAAAAGUUAUAAAAAUCAAGAAAUAAAAUGAAAGAAGAAGUUACAAGGAGAGGAGAGAACGUAUCAACAAGAGAGAGAAUGAAGGGGUGAAAUGAACAUUACAUAUAAAAUUAAGAACAUUACAUAUGAAUUUUCUAAAAAAUAAAAGAACAUUAAAUUUGUCUCAAUGUUCUUUUAUUUAUAUGUAAUGUACUUCCGGAUCCCCCUUUACUGUACUAUUUUCAAAUUUAUAUUGUUUUUGCUUAUUGGUAAAAGUAGUUAGUAAAGUAUACGGAGUAUUGAUUUAAUAGAUUUUACUUCUAAAUUUUCCGCAAAAAUGGAUUAGUAAACUAUAUUGAUUUAAUAAAUUGUAAUCAUAAAAAUCUCGUGUAUUGACAUGAGCAUAGACUACCGUGCAUCCGUGCUUAUGAGACAAGAGUACUCGCGAGCUACUCGAGUGGGUUGGACUCGAAAUGUUUCCCAAUUCCCAUUUUGGCUUGUGAUUUUGUGAAGACUUCGUAGUUGACUUAAGUAGCAAAAGCACGAAAAUCCACAAUUCCCAUGAAAUGAAGCCGAAAUGCAAUUGAAAUUCUAAAGCUAUACUUUCCACUUUUCCAUUUUUUUCCUCUUUCUAGUUUCUACUCUUAAAAUUCAUUCAACUCUCUGACUCUCUCUCAGUCUCUCUCCUCCAUUGAAGCGUACUCCGAGAUUUCCAUUGAAGCAUACUCUGAGUUUUCUCUCCUCCAAUGAAGCCGAGCCUAUUAGGAGCGCCAACUCUUCAAGGCAUCCCCGUUUUCUCUUACAAGGAGCUAAAGACUGCUACCAGCGGCUUCAAGCCUUCAAAUAAAGUUGGAGAAGGCAGCUUUGGCUCUGUCGUCUACAAGGGAUGCCUUAAAGACGGAUCAAUCGUUGCAGUCAAAGUACUUGAACUCGAAUCAUUGCAAGGAGAAAGAGAAUUCAUAUCUGAAAUCUCUGCAUUAUCUAACAUUAUACAUGAAAAUCUUAUCACCCUUAAAGGAUGCUGCGUUACUGCUACCAACAGAUUUUUGAUCUAUGACUACAUGGAAAACAACAGCAUGGAACUGGCCUUCCUAGGAGGAUCUGAAAGCAGAAGAAAGUUUAGUUGGAAAAUGAGGACGGACGUUUUAAUUGGAAUAACGCGAGGCCUAGCCUUUCUCCACGAGGAAGUCCACCCUCAUAUUGUGCACCGUGACAUAAAACCUGCUAACAUACUUUUGGAUCAGAAUUUCGUACCAAAGAUUGCAGAUUUCGGUUUGGCAAAGCUAUUUUUGGACAGUGUAUCUCAUGUGAGCACGCGUGUGGCAGGCACAUCGUAAGUAGAAUCCUCAACAUACAACUACCUCCGCCAUUUUGUAUACGCCAUUUUGUAUAGGCUUGUUGCUAAUAUAAUAACGAUUUUUGUUGCAAUAUCAAAACUUAAAAGGGGAUAUCUUGCUCCAGAAUAUGCAAUUUCUGGUCAUUUGACGAGGAAAUCAGAUGUAUAUAGUUUGGGUAAUUCCUUGUUUCUCCUAUUGAUUAACAAACUUGUUUCUCUUAGGGGCAAAAAAGUCAUUUUAGGGUGUAAUGCUGUCAUGUGAUGUAUACUAGAGAUUGCCAACUGUUUCCACGUGGGGUGAUUUGUGGACAGAUCUUAACGGAGUUAUUAACGGUUAAAAAUUACAGCAUAAGAUUACAGAAAAUCGAAAAAAAAAAAAACGAAAUCUGAGUUUUGCAGAAAAACGAAUUCGAAGAGAUAGAGAGGACUCGAACAUUUUGCAGGUCGGAGAUCGGAGAUCGUAAAGCGGAGGAAUUUCAACAAUUGAAACAAAAAUUGAAUUUCAGCAAUUUAAUUUCAAUUUUUGCAAACAUACCAACCAAUUUUUACAAAGCAGUAAUUGCAAUAUUUACGCAAGAAUCAAUACAAACAGAAGAAUCACCUAAAUCACAAGAAACAACUUAAACCACAUGACUAUAUCAUAAAUUUAAGUUCAAUUACUAAAAAAAAAAAACUCCUUUCGCAACUCACACAUGAUUACAACCCACAACAAAGAACCUUAGACUAGAUAAACGAGGGUAAUGAAACAAAUUGACUAACCUCUACUUCAAUUCACCGAUGAUUAAAUACGAAAAUCUCCUCAAACCAGGAGCAAAGCCAGAUCUGGAAUCACCUUGGAUAGAGAGAAGUAGGAAUUGUGUAUUUCCUGGGUUUACUCCCAGAAGCAAUCGUUUGUUUAACUUUUAACGCCAUCACAAAUACUUAGCAAAAAUUGCCAACUAAGCAUCCAAAAUGCCACUAAAGCAUG